AUGGAUGCUGCAUGGAGCAAAAUGCUGCGUGGCGGUGACAGCCUCUAUACCCCGCGCCGGCUUCCUCUACCCAAGCAGCCUGGGAGCAUGGCUCAGCUUGAUAAGGGGAGGACUGAAAAGACACCGAUAGCAGGUUCUUCAGCUGGAUCUCGCACACAACCAUCUGGCACAGCUCGCAAGCCACCACCUUUGGUGACCGACAGUCCAGAGUUUCAGCAAAAGCUGGAAUCGCCUUCUAAGCCGGGAAGUGUUUAUUCGGGAGAUGGAGACGCUGAUGGAACUGAAGAUUUCGAAAACGAUUCAGUGCAGGUGUUUGUGCGAGUCCGGCCACCGACUGAACAGGAGCUUGCGAGCGAUAAGCACGAGGGGUGCUUGACCGUCAUCGGCAGCCGCACGUUGCAGUUGACGGUAAAGGAAAAGCAAAACAUUAUACACCGAUUCACGUUCGAUCAAGUGCUACCCGACGAGACCCCACAGCACGACGUCUUUGAGCUGGCUGGACAAGGCGCGGUGGACAACUGCUUGGCGGGUUACAACUCCUCGAUCUUCGCCUAUGGCCAGACGGGUGCCGGCAAGACGUAUACCGUCAUUGGGCAGAUCAGUUGCGCCGAAAAGCGGGGCCUUGCACCUCGAGUUUUCGAGUACCUAUUUACAAAGAUCACGGACCACGAGAACGCAAGGGGCCCAGAUACCGUUAACAAAAUUGUGUUUUAUGAAACUGUUUGCCCUCUUUCAGUGGACGAGAUGCUUCAACAUCUUCUCCGGGGGGCAGAGAACCGGCAUACAGGCGAAACCCGCCUUAAUCGGGAAUCCAGCCGCUCACACUCAGUUUUCAUGUGCACCGUGGAGAAAACUGUAACCAGCAACGGCAUCAACAAGUGCUUCUACGCCAGGCUGAAUCUUGUCGAUCUCGCAGGGAGUGAGCGCAUUGCCAGCGGCGCUCACGGAGGUAGCAAUGCUGCUGGCGAGCACUUCAAGGAGGCGUGCCACAUCAACAAAUCGCUCACCGCGCUGGGUCGCGUUACCACAGAGCUCGUGAAGUCGCAGAAGAACGGUGGGGGAGGUCACGUCCCCUAUCGUGAUUCGAAGUUAACGUUCCUAUUGCAGUCAUCCCUGGGCGGCAACGCCAAGACGCUAAUCAUCGCCAACGUCAGUCCCAGCUCAAUCUGCUCGCAUGAGACGCUUAGCACGCUUCGGUUUGCAAAGCAAACUAAGCACAUUCGCAACGAUGCGAAGGUCAACUGGACAGUGCAGGGUGACCGCAUCGCUAUGCAGCGUGAGAUAGAGCGGCUUCGUAUGGAACUGGCUGGAAUGCGUUCCGGUGUGACCGAGCCGCUAGUGCAGGCAAACGAGGAGCUGGCUUCUCGCCUGGAAGAGGAGAGACAACGGCGCGAAGAGCUGCAACAGGACCGUGAGCGGAUGGUUAGCGCCCUAAACCAGGCUCGUCGUGAGAACCGGCUUCUCGACCAGCGGUUAGUAGGGCUUGCCGCCAUUGGCGGCAUGGACGGGAGCCGCGGGGCCGGUGCACUGGCAACGGUUGUGGAGCAGCUUGAGGCUUUGGAUGCCAUGGCACACGACCGACGCGCGGAGCUGGACCAGGCACAGCAGGAACUCGUGGCUCAGCAACUACAGGUCGAGAAGGACUAUGGUAUACAGCUAAUGCUAGAGCUGCAGGCAGCCAUUAAUACACGUGACGAAACGAUCACGAAGUGUGAAUCGCUUGACGCCCAGUCAGCAGCCUUGGCGAAGGACAAGGCGGACUUAGAGGAGAGCUGCAGCGUCCUGGCUGAAAACUUUGCGCAAGCUGGCUCAACGAUUGCGGAGCAAGAAGAGCAGCUCGCCUUGAAGCAGGCACUUAUACUGGAAUUGCAGACACAGCUGGCAGUUGAGCGGGAAGAAAGGAAUAGAGUGGACGAGCAGUCGGCGACUAAAGAUACCAAGCUGCAAACAGCAAGCGAGGAGAUCACGCGGUUAUCUGCACGUGAAGCUGAGCUUCAGGCCCUCCUGGACGAUAAGCAGGCGGAGCUGGGUCACCAAGGGGCCCGCAUGGAAGCUUUAGAACGGCAGCUGGACGGCGCUCUUAGCGAGGUGCAACUGCUGCAGGGUCGGCUUGCAGAGGCUCAAGAGCAGCUGGCACAGACGCAUCACGCGAAUGCGGCAUCUUGUGGGGAGCUCUCAGACCAAAUAAUGCAACUUUCAUCCAAGCUGAGUGCAGUGGAGGGCCAAGUCCUUGAGGAACGCAGCACUGUAGAGAGCUUGCAGCGCCAGCUAGUGUCCGCGCGGGAUGAGCUGGCUGACCGUCAGCGCCGUGAAACUGAGUUGGGCGAGCAGCUGCAGGCUAAGUUUGAGGAAUGCUCGUCCGCACUCAAGCGCAUAUCAGAACUGGAAAAUGACGUCGCAGCGGAAUCGGAGGCUCACGGCGUUGCUAAAGCAGAAAUGUCGUCGCUGUCUUCGCGCAUGGCACAGCUGCAAGAGCAGCUAGGGGUUGCUGAGGCUCGCAUUGGUGAGCAGGCGGAGCUCAUUCGUAUCGCAGAUGAGGAGAAGACUAGCCUUCGUGCACAGCUCAGUGCUUCUGCCGCAGAGGCCG